CUUCCAGUCUCGUGAUCUAGCGGCGCACCCGAACCCUCACGCCGCUUUAUAUUGAGCUCCCUCCGCAAAACCCUAGCUCUUCUUCGCCUUCCGCCCCGCCUCGCCGUCUUGCUCGCUUCCUCUUCGCGCCGCCGCUCGCCACUCCGACCGCUGCAACGAUGCCGUUCAAGAGGUUCGUGGAGAUCGGGCGGGUGGCCCUGGUGAACUACGGCAAGGACUAUGGCCGCCUCGUCGUCAUCGUCGAUGUCGUCGACCAGAACCGGGCACUUGUGGAUGCCCCCGAUAUGGUCAGGUGCCAGAUUAACUUCAAGCGGCUUUCGCUUACUGACAUCAAGAUUGACAUCAAGCGUGUCCCUAAGAAGACAACUCUGAUCAAGGCAAUGGAGGAAGCUGAUGUCAAGGGCAAGUGGGAGAACAGCUCAUGGGGCAAGAAGCUGAUUGUCCAGAAGAGGAGAGCAGCGCUCAAUGACUUUGACAGGUUUAAGGUCAUGUUGGCAAAGAUCAAGAGGGGCGGUGCUAUCAGGCAAGAGCUCGCCAAGCUCAAGAAGGCGUCCACAGCUUAGAAUCUCUUGGUGGUUGGCAUGUUUGAGUUUUGGUUCCAUUUUGGAUCAGCAAUUGGUUUCAGUGUUCUUAAAUCCAGAAAAUACUACUGUAUCCUGUGAAUGUUUUUUGAAUUUUUGUCGAGCCUGGCUAUGCUCUAGAGAUUGUCAUGACUGCUGUGGAAUACCUAAGGUAGUUUGCAACU